AUGACUUCUCGGUACAGAGUAGAGUAUGCGCUCAAGACCCAUCGUAGAGAUGAGUUUAUAGAAUGGAUCAAGGCGCUCUUGGCGGUUCCGUUUGUUUUGCACUCAGAUGUUGAAAAUUACAGGGAAUUUAUUACUGGAGACGAGGACCACGAUAUUGAAAGAGAACUAGAACAAGAUCGAAAAAUCGCUUUGGAGUGCCGCAAGAGGUACCUGGAGAUAUUUCAGGACGUGGAAAGGCUAAUAGACCACACUAUUGCCGUGGAUAAGUUGAAUCUACCGCAUAGAAGUGAAAGUCGGUUGCGCAAGUUGGUUCCCAGUCUCGGCAAGUUUUUCACGCCAUUGCCGUUGGUAGAAGCUUUUCACAUAGAAGAUGACAGACGAAGGAUCUCUCAGCGCCGAUUGGUUAGUCCGCUGUUCAAUGAUGUGAGAAUGAUUCUUAAUAGUGCCCAGGUACUUGCGCUCACUAAAUUGUACCAAAAAGACGAAUCACGAUUAAAGUUGGUGACAUUUGAUGGAGAUGUAACGUUGUAUGAGGACGGUCAAUCACUCUUGCAAGAUGCUCCUGUUGUUUCCCGGCUUGUAAAACUCUUAUCGUUGGGACUUUUUGUAGGAGUUGUUACAGCUGCUGGGUAUCCUGGUGAACUGGGUGCCCAGCACUACUACUCCAGAUUAGCCGGUUUGAUUGACCGAAUUACCUUGGAUGAUUCGUUGACGAUGGACCAGAGGGAAAACUUGUUGGUUAUGGGAGGAGAAUCCAAUUAUCUUUUCCGGUAUAGCAACGAGAAAAAGAACCUUAGCUUAGUGCCUUCCGAUCAAUGGCUACUUCCCAAUAUGAUCAAGUGGGACAUUAACAAAAUCGAGCAUAUCAUGGCUAGCACCGAGCACCACAUGAAACACCUUCGACUCAAAUUCAAUAUUCAAGACAAAACCACCAUCAUUCGUAAGGAAAGGUCGGUGGGAAUUAUUCCGAAUCCAGGUGAAAAAAUUCUCCGUGAACAUUUGGAAGAGUUAGUUAUCAGCUGUUCUGAUCGUGUAGCUGAAGUCUUGUCUACACUUUACAACGAGCCACGCCGCCGGAGUGUGGUUGGUUCUCAAUCCAAUACCACAGCUGCCAGCGUAGGAUAUUCCGAAAACGAGAUCAAGGUUUGUGCUUUCAACGGUGGGUCCGAUGUGUGGGUGGAUAUUGGCGAUAAGAGUUUGGGAGUGGAAUCUCUUCAAGUUUACUUGUGUAAAGAUGUCAAACACCAUAAAAUAUGUCCGAUCCAAAAAAGCGAAUCGCUUCACAUUGGCGACCAAUUUGCCAGUCUUGGUGCUAACGACUUUAAAGCCCGUCUCAGUGCAUGCACAGUGUGGAUAGCCAAUCCAAGAGAAACCGUGGAGAUUCUCGAUGAUUUAAUUGGUGGAUUUACGGAAAAUGAGAUAACAAAGUUAUCUUAG